GAGAUGCUUCCAGCUCUCCCGAGGCCGUGCUCGUUCAGCCGCCGCCGCCGCCGCCGCCGCACGGAGCAGCCGCGCGACGGGAGCCGCGGGCCGGGCCAGCCGGGCCUCCGGGGCCCAGUGCGCCGCGUUCGCAGCGGGUAGCGCAGCCAGCGUCGUCUCCGGUCGCUCGGCGGCCGCGGGGCCCGAGGCCGGUCCGGGGAGGGGGCGAGGGCGGCGCCCAGGCGCCCUUUGGCAGGGGAGGCAGCAUGAGCAUCGAGAUUCCGGCGGGACUGACGGAGCUGCUGCAGGGCUUCACGGUGGAGGUGCUGAGGCACCAGCCCGCGGACCUGCUGGAGUUCGCGCUGCAGCACUUCACGCGCCUGCAGGAGGAGAAUGAGCGCAAAGGCGCCGCGCGCUUCGGCCAUGAGGGCAGGACCUGGGGGGACGCGGGCGCCGCCGGCGGGGGCGGUACCCCCAGCAGGGGGGUCAACUUCGCCGAGGAGCCCAUGCACAGCGGCUCGGAGAACGGCGAGGAGGAGGAGGAGGCCGCGGACGCAGGGGCGUUCAACGCUCCAGUAAUAAACCGAUUUACGAGGCGUGCCUCAGUGUGUGCAGAAGCUUAUAAUCCUGAUGAAGAAGAGGAUGAUGCGGAGUCCAGGAUUAUACACCCAAAAACUGACGAUCAAAGAAAUCGAUUGCAAGAAGCUUGCAAAGACAUCCUGCUCUUUAAGAACCUGGAUCCGGAGCAGAUGUCUCAAGUAUUAGAUGCCAUGUUUGAAAAAUUGGUCAAAGAAGGGGAACAUGUAAUUGAUCAAGGUGAUGAUGGCGACAACUUUUAUGUAAUUGACAGAGGAACAUUUGAUAUCUACGUGAAAUGUGAUGGUGUUGGAAGGUGUGUUGGCAACUAUGACAAUCGUGGGAGUUUUGGCGAACUGGCCUUAAUGUACAAUACGCCCAGAGCAGCUACAAUCACUGCUACCUCUCCCGGUGCUCUGUGGGGCUUGGACAGGGUGACCUUCAGGAGGAUAAUUGUAAAAAAUAAUGCCAAAAAGAGAAAAAUGUAUGAAAGCUUUAUUGAGUCACUGCCAUUCCUUAAAUCUUUGGAAGUUUCUGAGCGCCUGAAAGUGGUAGAUGUGAUAGGCACCAAAGUGUACAACGAUGGAGAACAAAUCAUUGCUCAGGGAGACUUGGCUGAUUCUUUUUUCAUUGUAGAAUCUGGAGAAGUGAAAAUUACCAUGAAAAGGAAGGGUAAGUCAGAGGCGGAGGAGAAUGGUGCAGUAGAAAUCGCUCGGUGCUCUCGGGGACAGUACUUUGGAGAACUUGCUCUGGUAACUAACAAGCCCCGAGCUGCUUCCGCACACGCCAUCGGGACCGUCAAAUGUUUAGCCAUGGAUGUGCAAGCAUUUGAAAGGCUUUUGGGACCUUGCAUGGAAAUUAUGAAAAGGAACAUAGCUACCUAUGAAGAACAGUUAGUUGCCCUGUUUGGAACAAACAUGGAUAUUGUUGAACCCACUGCAUGAAGCAAAAGUAUGGAGCAAGAAGACCUAUAGUGACAAAAUUACACAGUAGUGGUUAGUCCACUGAGAAUGUGUUCGUGUAGAUGCCAAGCAUUUUCUGUGAUUUCAGGUUUUUUCCUUUUUUUACAUUUACAGUGUAUCAGUAAACAGAGUAGUGAUUUAAUAGUCCAUAGGCUUUAACAUCACUUUCUAAAAGAGUAGAUCAAAAAAAUAUCGACAUACUGAUGACUUUCUACUCCACAAAAUUAUGAUUUGACUGAAAGGUUUAUUCAGAUGAUUAUAAUAUACUAAAAGUAUCUGUGUUUAAGAAGAUAAUUAAAGGAUGUUGUCAUAGGCAAUGUGUGUUCAUUUUGAUUCACUCAGAUUGAUAUGUUAUGACUAUGCCCAUGUAAGAGGGAACUUGGCAGUGAAUCAUGCUAUACAGCAUGGCAUCACAUUCUUUUUACAACUCACUAUAUAUAGUACGUACAACUUCGUAAUGUUUGUUUUCGAGUUUUUCUGGCUUGAUGAGUUAUGUACUGGCCUUGGCCUAUUGGUGAAAUGGUAUAAAACAUCAUAUGCAAUUUUAAAACCUUUUCUAUUUUUGCAAUAAAGUACCUUUUGACUUCUUUGGCAUAAUGUCAGUAACCUACAUAUUCCAGUGGUUUUAAGGACAGGCAGUUUAGUCAUUACAAUAAUAGGGAAGACUCUUUAGGUGAAAGGUCAUUAUUUUCCUCAUAAAGCAUCUAUCUAUGCUUCCUUUUUCCAUUUUGCAGUUCUCUGUAUUUGUUAUCUUAAAAAAUUUGAGUUUGACAUUUAAUGUCACAAAUAUUUUAAAAUGCUCUUUAAACUUAUUUGUUGUCUUCUGAAAGCCUAAGAUCUUACUAUAUAUGCUAAAAAAAAAGUCUCCUAUACCAAAAAUAUUUGGGGUCCUUAUCAACAUGCCCUUAAGAUAUCUCUUUGUUCUUCACUAGAUGUACAUAAUACAAUCCUUUGCAGACAUCUGCUCCCAGGGGUUUCCUCCAAGGUGGGAGAAAUAAAUUUUUAUAAGUAAAACAUAUAUAAAGAUAAAAGGAAUUUCUGUCCAUUCCAAAUAUACCAUUAGGCCUUGCCACUUGCUUUAAUGUAGACUCUCAAAAGUGCAGAAUGAACUCAACUGAAUAGAUUUUUGUUGACAAUUGACAUGCUCAUUAUUCUGCUACAUAAAAUGAAUUUAAUUAUGUUCAACCAAAGGAAUAUAUUCUUACAUGAUUUCUAGGCCUACAUGACCCCAAUGUCUAGAGAGAUUAAUUCUAACCAGUUGUUCCCUUUUAAAUGAGCAAUUUCAUUUUGGGAAACAUGUUUCAAAGAAAUAUAUACAUGGGUAAAAAGAUUCUGUGGCUAGUGUGGUCUUACUAGAGAAUGUUUAUGGUCUUGCUUGUAUGAUGAAAACGUGGUUAAAAUAUGUUAAUCAGAUAAUGUAUAUAUAAGAAGUAUGUAAAGUAUACCUUCAGCCACAUUUUAGAACAGUUUUAACAAUUUUGCAAACUUUCCCGUAGGAAGAGAGCUUACUACAUGAAGAGGACUUGUUUUCUAUUUCAGAUUUUAAAAGCCAUGUCUGCUAAACAGAAAACACAAAGAACCCCAAAUUCCUCAUUCAUCAUUCUGUAUUCUCAACUUUAUUCAGUCUUUCAAGUUACCUGUUUUGUUGCAUAAGCUGAUUGUUAACUACAAAUGCCUGUUUUAAUAAAGAACUCUGACC